AUGGUUUACUUUAAAGAUAUUCAUUUUCUUAUAAGAGUUUUAGUGCUGGUGAAGUCAUUUUCAUACGUGACCAAUGACUUCCUUAGCCCAGACUAUGGCCCGGUCCCAGAUAGGUGUCACCCAAUACCUAAUAUAAUGUACCGUCAGUGCUGCGUCUUCCCACCCUUUUUUAAGAGAAAAAUAGCAAAAGAAUGUGGUGCAAUCUUCAAAGUAAACUUCAUUAAUAGGAAUGCGAAAGUAGCUGGUCUGCUAAGAAGAUCUAUAACCGGGUGUAAACACUGGACAUGUAUGUUGAAUAAGUACAUGUUAUUAAGUCCGGAUGGGAAUUUAGACGACGAGAAAUACUUUAUGCACCUGGACAAAUGGGUAGAUUUGAACCCACAGUUUUCGAAGGUCAUAUUGAACGCCAAGGUCGAGUGCAAACUGAGAUACAGAAUGCUUAUGCCCCUGGAUACGUGCCAGUUCUAUCAAUUCCAAAGCUGCAUCAGAAAUUUCGUCACUGUUAACUGCCCGGCUGUUUUACAAACACCGGAGUGCAAAGAACAAAAAGCUUUCUACGAUGAAUGCAAAGAAUAUUUCCAAUAA